AUGUCUGGCCUCUCGAAACUACUCAUGUCCAAGCCAGCACUAGACAAUCAGGGAGUUUUAGACUUGGGUAAAAACUGCUAUCUAUGUAAUCAGCUAGAUUUCCUUCCGUUUCAUUGCGAACUUUGCGAUCACACAUAUUGUUCCCAACAUCGAAAUGUGGAUAUUCACAACUGUAAACUCCCAGAAAGACAGACCAAUAGCAGCACCUAUCAUGGACCAUCAGCUGCCUCUUUAUUUCCAGACCCUGAAACACGUCAGAAGGCCCUAGAGGAACUGUUUCAGAAAGUAGCCGUCCGCCUGGCCAAUCUCAUUGCCAAAGAAGAGAAAAGUAAGAGUACGCCCAUUGCAAAGCUCCGGAAGUUCUUGCAAAUACAAAAGUCCAAAAAAGCUAAAGAUGGGAAGAAUUCAUUUCUCAGCAAGCUCAAGCUGCUGAAACCCGAAUCACCAGUCGUCCAAAUUUCGGCACUCAAGAAGGUUGCCAAAGGAGCACCCAAUGUCCAGAUUGCUGAUAGAAUAUACAUAUGGACGUUGUACAUCAAUCGCAACGAAGAAGACCUUGAUAAAAUUUCGGAAGAGAAGGAGAAAAUAGGUCUAUGGAUACUGCGAAAUUGGUCUGUGGGACGCUCCUUAGAUCUGAUUGCCGAUCAACUUAAAAUAAUGAACCGCAACAAUUCCACGUCACAUACGAACGAACGUUUGAGUUUGUUUCGAGUAUCAAACGAUGAACCCGUUGCGCUAGAUUUGAGCAAAAAGAACCAAGGUUAUCUAAAAACUGGAGAUACUCUCUACCUAGUCAAAGGUUGA